GUUAUCGUAUUUGCGUCUGUUCUUGUAUCUUCUAUUGUAAUUCCAUCCAUAUCUGUGAUCCACAAUUUUCAUGAACAGUAUUCUAUAGUGAUUCGGCAAUGUUUGACUCCAUUGCCCCCAGCAAAUAGAGGAUACUGCUUCUUGUUGUCGUCGACCCUGUUCUCCGCAUAGAAAAUAAAUACUGUGCGCCUUUGUUUUAUACACCUUCAAAGAGAGGAACCUCGAUCUGGAUGAUUACUUUCCUUACAGACACGUUUCGAGUGGGUGAAUACAAUUGGGCUCACACAGAGAAGAUGGCAGAGGAGUAUGGUCUCAGGAAGAGAAAUGAUUCGCUGAACACGACGUGGCCGUCAUUGAGUCUGAAUAUAGACAUCCAAACGUCACAUUCCAAAUCAAAAGACACGAAUGACGGAAAGGGUAAAGUAAGGGAUAGGCACGGCAACAGUGGUAAGCAAGAACGGGACGACGACGGAUCCAAGAAGCUGAAGAGGUUUACACGUGGAUCGGUUAGAGGGAAACAGAUUGGGACUACUUUAUGGAAUGUGCUGUUAUCGGAACUAAAUAUAGAACCAGGAUUGGAAAAGGAGAACAUCGAGAAUAGAGACCAGAGUGGAAAUACCAAUACCGAUAUAGAUAGGUGGAGUGAUAACUUGGAGCUGUUGCUGAACUAUAUUAGACUACCAAUGCAUCUUGAACGGUUCAUGACGUUCGGAUUAUUGUACUCGGCGGUCAUAUUUUUGAAAUGGCUAGUUAUCAUCCCAUUGAGGUGUUUCAUUCAUACCGUCUUGAACAUUGUGCGAUUUGUUCAGCGGAGGGGGUCGUUUUCUUCUCCUUUUGUGAAGCACCAUCUCAUAUACAAAAACGAUCUAUUGUCUGUGACGGGAAUAAUGACAACUCUAUUUUUGUUGAGAAACUUGGACACGAGCCGAAUAUACCACAAUAUACGUGCAGGUACAGCUGUCAAACUAUAUUUCAUGACGCAAGUUUUAGAUAUUGCAGACAGGCUUCUCAGUGCCAGUGGCCAGGACAUCCUCAGAGUGACCUACCAAUUCAAUAGCAUAACUGUCGGCAACAGGUUGAGCCUGGUGAAGGUGUCUCAGUUCCUCGCACUAUACGUCUUAUCGAUCCUAUAUCUUUGGUUCCACUCUUACGCCUUGGUCUACCAGGUCAUGGCUUUGAACGUUGCCAUCAACUCAUACUCAAAUGCUCUACUGACGUUGAUCUUGUCCAAUCAGUUUUCCGAAUUGAAGAGUGCGGUCUUCAAAAGAACAGAACGAGAGGGACUAUUCCAAGCGACUUGCGCAGAUUUGAACGAGCGGUUUUUGAUCCUAAUCAUGCUUGCUAUCAUCUCCUCCCGCAACUUCCUACAGAUCCUGAUAAACACAACCUCCAUCAACGAUUUUUUCGAUAGUCUUAAGCCCGACUCGUGGUCCACCCAGCUCACACAGUGGAAGUCUUUUGACAACUGGUUGGGCCUCCUCAUGGGGCCCUCCAUCCUGGUCAUCGGGUCCGAGAUACUGGUCGACUGGGUCAAGUACGCAUACAUCAUCCGUUUCAACCGAAUCAGGCCCAAGGUGUACGACAAAUUCACCAAAAUUCUAGCAAACGACUUUGUCAACGGUUUCACCUCGGACAAUUUCAGCAGAAUCAACCACCAGCCCAACGAGCAUCCAAGUCUCUUGACCAAAAGAACCGGCUUCCCCAUCUCGACCGUGUCCAUUAUUUUCUGCAAGUUGACGCUGUUUCCCUACUUGCAGUACUUGAUUUCCGUCGUCUACGAACGGAACAACAACGCCCACAUUGCCAGCUGCCUGAUAAUCUCCACCGUGCUGAUCGCCUUGGUGUCCGUUCUGAUUUCCCUACGACUGCUCUUGUCACUCAUCAUUCUCAGCUGGUCCAGAGUUCUUCUCCAGAGACAGCUUCCGAAGCAGACAGACUACGUUUCUGGAGAUCCAAAUGUCAACUUAAGCCACGUUGCAGAUGUCCGGGAGCAUCUCUACGACGACACAGAGGCCCUGCCGCCCUCCUUGGAAGACCUACGGCUACAGAAGCUCCACAAGAACCGGGACGACAAGCUCACCGGCGUGGUCCGCUUUGAGAUGGCCGACAAGAGGAUCUGGUAGCAGUGUCUUCGCCCCUAUGUAGUAGAGUAGAUAGACAACCGUGGACUACGGUACCGCUAAAGAGUAAAAGGAAAAAAAGUUAGGGCUGCCCGCACGUGAUGGAAGCCAGGC